AUGUCCGUGGCCUGGCUGUUGCUCUGCUGCUGGAGCAUGGCUCGAGGAGAGUGGAGCCGCUUGACGGACCUGGCGGACGCCGGCCUUGUCCGCCCCGCGGCACGGUCCGAGCACGUUGCAGCCUGGGACGAAGUUAAUCAGGUGCUGCUGAUCCAUGGAGGAAGCAACCUGGAAGGCGACUUGUGGGCUUUCGACGCCGCGUCGGAAGCGUGGACCCGCACGGUGACGGCCGUGGCGCCGGCAGCUCGUGCUGCACACGCAGCUGGCUGGGAUGCUGCCAAUCAUGCACUUUGGGUGCAUGGCGGGCACAACAGCCAAGCAAAGACUUGGUUUCGGGAUGUGUGGAGAUUUCAGUCUGGAGCCUGGACGCUCGAGUUUGACGGUGCAGGGCCUUCCGGAAGGCAAGCACAUGUGGCUGUUUGGGUUUCGAGCACUUCCUCUCUUUGGGUGCAUGGCGGCUGGACCGGCAGUCGCCGCUUGUCAGACUUGUGGAGCUACAAUCACCUGGCUCACGGAUGGCAGGAGCUGGCUCCCGGCACUUUCGGCGCGGUGCCAUCGGCACGCUCGCAUCAUGUUGCAGUGUGGGAUGGGACCGGCCAGGCGCUCUGGAUGCACGGAGGCUACGGUGACUCCUUGCUCGGAGAUCUGUGGACUCUGGAUGCUUCCAGCCUAACAUGGACUGAAGUGGUCUCUGAUGGAGGCCCAUCCGCGAGGUCAGGCCAUGCUGCGGUGUGGGAUGACGCAGGCCGCAGGCUUUGGCUGCACGGUGGCAACGACGGCUUUCUGAAGCGGGAACUCUGGAGAUACGAGUCCGGCAGCAACACCUGGAGUGAGAUUCAUACGCAGGUUCCGUCCGGACGCUGGUCGCAAGUCGCCGUUUGGGAUAGCCUGAACCAGGUCAUCUACAUGCACGGGGGGUUCAACGGCAGCCUGUGCGGAGACCUUUGGAAGUUCUGGGUCAAAACGUCCACGACGUCCGUCAGCACCAGCACCGUCACCCUGACUUCCAGCACAACAGCAACACAUACGACAUUCACCGACACAUCCGGCCAAAGCAUUGCUGCCAUGUCCAAUGUUGGCGCGACUGUAGAAACGGCCGAUCGUGUCGUCGCCUGGGUCUUGCUUGUCAUCUCGGGUUGCAUCCUUCUGUCAGCUUGUAUCGGCUGUUGGAUUGUGAGACGCCCUUGUCGCGUGGUGGUCGUUCCUUUCGUGUAUCACGCAGGGUGUUUGUCGGAGCCUCAGCCGUCGAAGCUGCCGGACAAGAAAGAGCCAAAUUCAGCUCCAGCUUUUGCUGGAACUUGCCACAGAUCACCAUGCCCGCCCCUGGUUGAUAAGGCUAGUGCCGUGGCCGCCAAUGUUCCCACCAACAACAGCCCCGCGGCAUCAGUGGAUGGAGCCACAGCCGUCACCGGCACUGCCACACCUGAAAGAAGCGAGGACCGGGACCUGCCUGUCCAGCUCUUCCCAGCUUUACGCGUACGCCGUGCGAUCAACCUGGCCGUCUUCAGCAUCUUUAACACCCACUUCGCUUCAGAACGCUACAUCGUGGCACUCGUUCGGACGGAGGAUGGAGUGCUUGCAUCCGUUUGUCUUGCCGGGACCGCCACAACGGCGGCGGAUAGCCAGACAAGCUUGGCCUUUCUGGAUGAAGGACCCGAGCUGGGUGCUGCGGUUGUCGUCCUCGAAGCAGUGGCGCAAUCCGUGGCAGUGCCGAGAGCAGAAUUCCUGUUCCAGGCCAAGGAGCCAAUAAAUCUGUCACGCCGUUUGUGGGCAAUCAACAUCAAGGGAGAGUGGAGCCGCUUGACGGACCUGGCGGACGCCGGCCUUGUCCGCCCCGCGGCACGGUCCGAGCACGUUGCAGCCUGGGACGAAGUUAAUCAGGUGCUGCUGAUCCAUGGAGGAAGCAACCUGGAAGGCGACUUGUGGGCUUUCGACGCCGCAUCGGAAGCGUGGACCCGCACGGUGACGGCCGUGGCGCCGGCAGCUCGUGCUGCACACGCAGCUGGCUGGGAUCCUGCCAAUCAUGCACUUUGGGUGCAUGGCGGGCACAACAGCCAAGCAAAGACUUGGUUUCGGGAUGUGUGGAGAUUUCAGUCUGGAGCCUGGACGCUCGAGUUUGACGGUGCAGGGCCUUCCGGAAGGCAAGCACAUGUGGCUGUUUGGGUUUCGAGCACUUCCUCUCUUUGGGUGCAUGGCGGCUGGACCGGCAGUCGCCGCUUGUCAGACUUGUGGAGCUACAAUCACCUGGCUCACGGAUGGCAGGAGCUGGCUCCCGGCACUUUCGGCGCGGUGCCAUCGGCACGCUCGCAUCAUGUUGCAGUGUGGGAUGGGACCGGCCAGGCGCUCUGGAUGCACGGAGGCUACGGUGACUCCUUGCUCGGAGAUCUGUGGACUCUGGAUGCUUCCAGCCUAACAUGGACUGAAGUGGUCUCUGAUGGAGGCCCAUCCGCGAGGUCAGGCCAUGCUGCGGUGUGGGAUGACGCAGGCCGCAGGCUUUGGCUGCACGGUGGCAACGACGGCUUUCUGAAGCGGGAACUCUGGAGAUACGAGUCCGGCAGCAACAUCUGGAUCCUGGUUGCAGAGCACGCUGGUCCUUCAGGACGCUGGUCUCAUGCAGCGUCCUGGGUUCUGGGUCACAACAACGUCCACGACAUCCACCGCAAGUUCCACCUCCACUUCAAGCAGCAUCUCAACCACACGGAGCACCUCCACAACACGUUCCAGCACCAUUUCGCGGACGAGCAGCAGCUCUACGAGCGUGAGUACGAGUUCCACGACAUCCGUCAGCAGCACUUCGACAAGCGGACCUCAAGCAGCACUUCAGCGACGGACACGACUUCCACGGAGACAUCCAGCACACAGACUACAGUCACAUCCAGCUCUUCCACUAUGACCACAAUCACAACCACUACCACGACGCAGCUCGUCAUCGCAAGCCCUCUUCCCGAGAGUGUUCUGCUUGCUGUUUUGAUUGCUAUCCUUCAAGCAUCUUGUGCGCUGUGCUUCUCGUACAUGCUCUAUCGUGCCUUCGUUCUGGUGGCCAUUCCAUUCGGGUCUCGUGCAUGGCAGCUGUGGGAGCUGCAACCAUCCGAGCCGCCGGACAGAAAGGGACAGCAAUCCCCAGCUCCUGUGUUUCGUGUUCUACCCCCUCGCCACGGGUCACCUUGCCCGCCUUUGGUGGUGCUGGUCCACUUCCAGGGUGCUUCGCCCGUCACUCCAAGAGUGUGGCUGAUGCCGCCUUCAGCGGCAGCGGCAGUGUUGCCCGCACAAGCCAAGCCCCAACAGCGCAGGGAUUCGCAGCCAUCGCCGAUGCUGCCUGCAGCCACUGCACUUCGAGGCCAGCGAUCCAGCGACCGGUUGUCUAGCCAUGAAGAAGAGGCCGACGCAGUUCCAAACAUGGACACCCUGGUGAUGCGACUCCAGGACCGGGCAGCUAUGAUCUGGAGCCGGCUUUGGACCGGUGCCUUGGUCGUCGUAGCUGCGUACAUUCCGCGGCAGGACAGGCAGCAGGACAAGCGCGCCAAGAUGGAGCCCUACAAAGACCGUUACAAGUCUCUCUCCAAAGCACUCAGCAAGGGCACGAGCUCCGACCCGAGCCUGGAGGACUCAUCCACACAGUCCUUCAUCUGGCCUUUCAACAUCCUGGGUUGA